GAUGGACAAACGUGCGGGCACUAAGACCGCAAGGCAUUCAUUUCCUCCUACGGUGGAUGCGGACGCCGGGAGGAGGCGAGCCCCACGGCGAGGAGCUGGGCGCCCAGGCACAGAGAGCACGUAGCGACUCCGAAGAGAUCAGCCCCAAUGAACAUGUCAGUGUUGACUUUACAAGAAUAUGAAUUCGAAAAGCAGUUCAACGAGAAUGAGGCCAUCCAGUGGAUGCAGGAAAACUGGAAGAAAUCUUUCCUGUUUUCUGCUUUGUACGCCGCCUUUAUCUUUGGUGGGAGGCACCUCAUGAACAAGCGGGCCAAGUUUGAACUGAGGAAGCCGUUAGUGCUCUGGUCUCUGACCCUUGCAGUCUUCAGUAUAUUCGGUGCUCUUCGAACUGGUGCUUAUAUGGUGUACAUUUUGAUGACCAAAGGCCUGAAGCAGUCAGUGUGUGACCAGAGUUUUUACAAUGGACCUGUCAGCAAAUUCUGGGCUUACGCAUUUGUACUAAGCAAAGCACCGGAACUAGGAGAUACAAUCUUCAUCAUUCUGAGGAAGCAGAAGCUGAUCUUCCUGCACUGGUACCACCACAUCACUGUGCUCCUCUACUCCUGGUACUCCUACAAAGACAUGGUGGCCGGGGGUGGCUGGUUCAUGACCAUGAACUACGGCGUGCACGCCGUGAUGUACUCUUACUAUGCCUUGCGGGCUGCGGGUUUCCGAGUCUCGCGGAAGUUUGCCAUGUUCAUCACCUUGUCCCAGAUCACUCAGAUGCUGAUGGGCUGUGUCAUUAACUACCUGGUCUUCUAUUGGAUGCAGCAGGACCAGUGUCACUCCCACUUCCAGAACAUCUUCUGGUCCUCACUCAUGUACCUCAGCUACCUUGUGCUCUUCUGCCAUUUCUUCUUUGAGGCCUACAUCGGCAAAAUGCGGAAAACAACGAAGGCUGAAUAGUGUUUGGCACGGAGGAGGAAACCAUAGCUCAGGGUCAUCCAGACAAACAAUAGACAAAAAGAAAAUGGCACAAGGAAUCACACAUGGUGCAGCUACAAACAAAACACACUAGCAGACACACACCCCGAGGCAGCUGAGGGAUGGCUAGGUCUGACUGAGCCCAGUAAGUUCAUGAUCCUUUUUGGGUGAGGACUCGCUGAGUGUAUGGUCAUCUCCACACACUGCUGCCCGAAGGCCCCAUCCCCUCAACCUGUCCACUGUAGAACCAAUGAGAACUCACAAGGGAGCCGGAGGCAGAGAGGGACCCAAGGGAGGCAAACAAAAGGCUAUUAACACUACACGGUUUAAAAAAAAAAAAAAGAAAAAACAUAUCUCCUAGGUGUUCUAGUUCUCUAAGGAUGAAAAACCAUUUGACUUUAAGAAACUGCGAGCACGUAGACACACAAUUCAUUCUCAUCUGUUUCCACCCCCAAACUGGAGCCCGUAGAAAAGAGACAAAUGGAAGAGACACGGGGUACAGAUCUAGAACAGCAGUGCUGUGGCAAAAAGCAAAGCCUUGUUCAGAAAGGUUAGUGGGCAAAGCCCUGUGAGAAGAGAAGUCUUAACCUUGUUUUAUUUAAACAGGUAAAAACAAAAAUGCAGUAUUUUUUUUCCUCUUACUACAUAGCCUCAUGCUAGUGAGUUUGCCCAGAAGCAAACGGGGCUCACGUCUUUUCCAAGGUUCUAGAUGGGAGGGUGAGAACCAGGCAUCCUGGGACCUCCCGAAGCCGCUGGGUCCCAGAGUGCAUCUGAUGGAGGAUCUAUGAUUUCUGCCCUCACGUGAGGUAGGAAGCCUUAUCCUGUGCUCAGCUGCCCCAGACUGAAGAGUCAAAUCACUCCCCCAACCCCUACCCUCAGUUGGGAAAGAAAGGGGAAAAGUGGAUGGGAAGAGAAGCCAGCCUGAAGUCAAUGCCGUAGACAGCACAUGCCCCUCCCUCCUUGACGUCACACACGCUCAUUCCUUUCCAGAUAAAACCCUGUGGCACAGUCCAUGUGUUCUAUAUUUUUGUGAAUUUCAAAAAGAAAACCUGCGAGACUUCCUGAUGUAGGGUGAACACUGUGUUUCUGCAUCAUCUGCACUUGCUCCCCAAGCAAUGUAGAGAUGUUUAAAGUGCCCUCUGCUGGCCGAAGGAGAUACUUCGACAAAUGUACUUCAUGGCAAGUUUGCCCGAAAACCAUCGACGACCAGGGCCCCCCCUAGAGACAUAUCCGUCAAAUUUUAGACACUAUGACACACUCUUCAUAAUUUUGGCCAAAUCAGAAGACAUUCUUCCUGCUUCAAGUCAGUUUCAGAAAUUUUUUUAAAAAGGAAUCUUUUGCUCUGGAACUCAGAAAACCAAUCUAUUAAGAGCCAUAUUCUUGAAACAAACAACAAAAAGGUAGAUAAUAUCUGUGUUAUUUCAGUCCUUUACAAGCCAAAUAAAUGUGUCAAUGUUCCUCGUAUUUCAAAGAAGCAAUUAUGUAAAGCUGUUCAAUGUGAUAUAAUAGUAUUCUAAUUGGUUAAGUAGCUUAAUGAUUAGGCAAACUAGUUGAAAAGAUUAGGGGCUGCUGCACUGCAUAGAUUACACACACAGAUACACACCUGUAUGCACACUUGUUGGGUACCUGAACUUCGAAGCCCAAAUGAAUAGAAACACAUUUUCUGGCUAGCAGAAAAAAAGAAAACUGUUGUUUAUCUUACUUGCUUUAUUUGAGAGUGUACAGUAAAAGGGAUUUUUUCAAAUUAUUUUUAUAUUAUUUUAGCUUUAAUUGUGCUGUCCUUCAUGAAACAGCUGCUCUGCUUUUCCUGUCAGAGAUGGCAAGGGCGUUCUCAGCCUUUUGUUUAUGUGCGGAACUUACAAAGAAUAAAGUUUUAUCCCAUUCUGU